AUGUCCCAGCCAUGCCGCUCGGUGUACAUCUUUGCCAAGGCAAAUAAUAUUCCCUUUAACAACCAUGAAGUGCUGCUCUUUAAAGGUGAGUGUUAUGAUCUGAUGGAUAUGAACUUUUCUGUGCUUGGAGCUUCCCCCUUAGGAGAACAUUUAAGUGAAGAAUUUUCCAAAGUGAAUCCGCUUCGAAAGGUGCCGUUCCUUAAAGAUGGAGACUUCACAAUGGCUGAGAGUACUGCAAUGCUUCUGUAUCUGGCCAACAAGUAUAAGACCCCUGAUCACUGGUAUCCAUGCGACCUACAAAAACGUGCUCGUGUUGAUGAAUAUCUUGCUUGGCAGCAUACCAAUACCCGUCCACAUUGUUCCAAAUUAUUCUGGGUUAAGGUAAUGACACCCUUUCUCCUUGGCCAUGAAGCUGAACCUGAGAAGUUGGAUCCUGUGUUGACUGAAUUUAAUACCACAUUGACUGCUAUAGAAGAAAAGUUCCUAGGAGGGAAGCCUUUCAUAGCUGGUGAUGAGAUGUCCAUAGCCGAUCUAGUGGCUAUUGUGGAGAUCAUGCAGACUAUUGCUGGUGGAAUUGAUGCUUUUGAAAACAAACCAAAGUUGGCAGAUUGGAAAAAUAGAGUGGAGGAUGCAAUUGGAGCUGCAUUGUUCAAGGAAGCACAUGAGAAAGUACUGAGAGUGAAGGACAUGCAAAAUAUGCCCAUCCCUCCAGAACUUAAGGAGCGACUUAGAGCCAGAUUACAACAGUUCCCACUGAUGAAGCUUUAA